CCGGAAAUCCGGAGUCCUGCCGCGCGAUGCCCCAGCUCGGACUUCUACCCAGGAGGGCCUGGGCUGCGCUGCUCAGCCAGCUUCUGCGACCGCCCUGCGCUUCGUGCACCCGGGCGGUCCGUUGCCACAGCCAGGUUGCAGAGGCAGUGUUAACAUCUCAACUGAAAGCACAUCAAGAGAAGCCAAAUUUUAUUAUCAGGACCCCAAAGGGUACCAGGGAUCUCAGUCCUCAGCAGAUGGUUGUGAGGGAGAAAAUUCUUGAUUUGGUUGUCAGCUGCUUUAAACGUCAUGGAGCCAAGGGGAUGGAUACCCCAGCAUUUGAGCUGAAGGAAAUGCUCACUGAGAAGUAUGGAGAGGACUCCGGGCUCAUGUAUGAUCUGAAGGAUCAAGGUGGAGAGCUGUUGUCCCUCCGUUAUGACCUUACUGUUCCCUUUGCUCGUUAUCUGGCCAUGAAUAAAGUGAAGAAGAUGAAACGUUACCAUGUUGGAAAAGUGUGGCGGCGAGAGAGCCCAACUAUAGUCCAAGGCCGCUACAGGGAGUUCUGCCAGUGUGAUUUUGACAUUGCUGGUCAGUUUGACCCUAUGAUCCCUGAUGCAGAGUGUUUGAAGAUCAUGUGUGAAAUCUUAAAUGGAUUGCAGUUGGGAGACUUUCUCAUUAAGGUUAAUGACCGGCGGAUUGUGGAUGGGAUGUUUGCUGUCUGUGGUGUUCCUGAAAGCAAGUUCCGUACCAUCUGCUCCUCCAUAGAUAAACUAGACAAGAUGGCCUGGAAAGAUGUGAGACAUGAGAUGGUGGCAAAGAAAGGCCUGGCUCCUGAGGUGGCUGAUCGAAUUGGGGACUAUGUCCGAUGUCAUGGUGGAGAAUCCCUGGUAAAGCAAAUGUUUCAGGAUCCCAGACUAUCCCAGAACAAGCAGGCCCUGGAGGGUCUGGGAGACCUGAAGCUGCUAUUUGAAUACCUAACUUUAUUUGGAAUUGCUAAGAAGAUCUCCUUUGACCUAAGCCUGGCUCGGGGCCUGGACUACUAUACAGGAGUGAUCUAUGAAGCAGUGCUGCUGCACACCCCAACUCAGGCUGGGGAGGAGCCCCUGAGUGUGGGCAGUGUGGCUGCUGGUGGGCGCUAUGACGGGCUGGUAGGCAUGUUUGACCCCAAGGGCCACAAGGUGCCAUGUGUGGGACUCAGCAUUGGGGUAGAGCGAAUCUUCAACAUUGUGGAGCAGAGGAUGAAGACUUUUGGUGAGAAGGUACGGACUACAGAGACUCAAGUGUUAGUGGCCACACCACAUAAGAACUUUCUCCACGAACGGCUGAAGCUUAUUGCAGAGCUUUGGGAUGCUGGAAUCAAGGCAGAGAUGCUAUACAAGAACAACCCCAAACUGUUAACCCAGCUGCACUAUUGUGAGAGCACGGGCAUUCCACUGGUGGUCAUUGUUGGUGAGCAAGAAUUGAAAGAAGGAGUCGUCAAGAUCCGUUCAGUGGCCAGCAGAGAGGAGGUGGCCAUUAAACGAGAAAAUCUUGUGGCUGAAAUUCAGAAGCGCCUCUCUGAGUCUUGAUCCUCUGCUGCUCUUUGUCAAAAAGGUUUCCUCUAGAACUGAGUUCCUCUAGAACUGAGUGAUGGACUUAACAACAACUGGCCAGGAUGGGCCUCAAAUACCUUCUGCCUCCUCCAUCUUUCCUGGAUAGAGAACUGUAGAAGACUCUGAGGACUCCUGGGCUAGUGUGAGCAGCUAUUCUGCAUGGGUGCAGAUGGCUGGUUGUGAAAGAGACAUGCUUUAGCUGCAGAGGCAAAUUUGAAGUGCCACUGAAUGCUGUAAAGAGGUACUGAGAUUGUUGCUGUGAGCCAGGCUCUGGGAGAGUCACCUCAGGCCGAGGAUUCUGAACAAUUGAGAUCAGAAGCCAGAUACUUAGCCUUCUGCUGUAGCUACGGAACCAGAUUCUGGUGAAUUUGUCCACAACCAGCCUUUGGCCUGUCUGGGGAGUUUUUGGAAGACAGCAAGGAGGGGCAAUGGCUGCUUUCAGCUUUGUUUGAGGACAGAUGCUAUCCUAAGGGCAUGGCAGUACCCAUGUUGAUUUGACAUUGCGCUAGCCCAUCCAUUACUAAUGAUAGCAGGGUGGAGCUAUAUGCUUAAUAAUCUUGAACACUAAACUAAAUAGGUGACUUGACAAGGUGGAGAUCUGAUAUUUUCAGAUUUUGGAGACCAUUUCCUGUGCCAGAAUCACUGCUGUAAUUUCCAUGCCAUGGAGGCUGUUCUAGAAGUGGUUGGAUAACAUGUUAAAUAAAAUAUUAAGUGUA